AUGAGUAUUGUUGUUGCUUUUCUUUUCCUCGAGUUACUCGCCAUAGCAACCAUCAACAUUAGCUUCUGCGAUGGAAGCUCUGACCAGCUGGGCUGCAUCGAAAGUGAGAGACAAGCACUCUUAAGGUUCAAGCAAGACCUCAUUGAUCCUUCUAAUCGACUUGCCUUUUGGAGAGAUGGAGAUUGUUGUACAUGGGCUGGUGUUGUCUGUGACAGCUUGACAGGCCAUGUUCAUGAGCUCAAUCUUCGAAAUCCUUACGAUGACUAUUCAUCUUAUGCUUUUACACAGUCAAUGUUGGUCGGUAAGUUAAAUCCCUCUUUGCUUAAUUUGAAGCAUUUGAACUACUUGGAUUUGAGUGGUAACUAUUUUGAAGCAACUCAGUUUCCAAAAUUUGUUGGUUCUAUGAGGAAUUUGAAAUACCUUAACCUCAGUCUAUGCGGCUUUGUGGGAAUGAUUCCUCACCAACUUGGAAAUCUCUCUCAUUUGCAAUAUCUUGACCUUCGUCCUUACAAUCGGAGCAGCUUAUAUGUCGAGAAUUCUGUGUGGUUAUCCAAUCUUUCUUUGCUGAAACACCUUGACUUGAGUUGGGUGGACCUCAGCAAAGCCUGUGACUUGCUGCCAAUGGUAAACACACUUUUAUCUUUAGAAGUGUUACAAUUGUCAUAUUGUCAACUUCACCAUUUUCCUCCACUACAUAUUGUAAAUUUUUCUUCUCUCACCACGCUUGAUCUUUCCAACAACCUAUUUGAUAAUUCUUUGAUUCCUAGUUGGGUUUUUAGUCUUAGUUAUUUAGUACAUUUGGAUCUACAUUAUAACAAUAUUCAAGGUCCGAUUCCUGAUGAACUUCAAAACCUUACGUCUCUGAGAUAUCUUGUGUUGUCUUACAACCGUUUGAAUUCUUCAAUACCCAAUUGGCUUUACAAAUUUAGUCAUCUUGAGUACCUUUGUCUGUACAACAAUAAUUUGCAAGGUAUGAUAUCUGAAGAUAUAGGAAACAUGACUUCCAUCAAUUGGCUUGAUCUCUCACUCAAUAAACUUGAAGGGAAAAUUCCAAGAUCAUUGGGAGGACUAUGCAAGUUGAGGUCUAUUCUUCUAUCACAUAUUAAAUUAAGUCAAGAUAUAUCAGAAGUUUUUGAUAUUUUUUCAGGAUGUGUUUCAGAUAGAAUAGAGCAUGUUUAUUUGCUGAGUAGUCAUCUUUCUGGUUGUUUGCCUAAUCAACUUGGGCAAUUUAAAAACAUAGCCAAUCUUUAUCUAAGUGACAACAUGAUUUCAGGUCCUAUUCCAGUGUCUUUAGGUGAACUCUCAUCCUUGAGAACUUUAGAUCUUUCGUUUAACAAAUUGAAUGGAACUCUUUCUGAAAUUCACUUUGCAAAUCUUACAAGACUUUCGUUUUUUUAUGUAUGUGGAAACUCUCUAAUGUUGAAUGUAAGUCUGAAUUGGGUUCCUCCUUUUCAACUUCAAGAGUUAGGAUUGAGAUCUUGUCAUGUAGGUUUUCAAAUUCCAUUGUGGUUUUAUUCCCAGAAGAGUCUAAUUUAUCUGGAUAUUUCCAAUUCUGGAAUUAUAUCCACAAUUCCUAAUAGGUUUUGGAAAUUAUUUCCCAGCCUUGUUUCUUUUAAUCUCUCUCACAACCAAAUCUAUGGAGAGGUUCCAAAUUUAACUGAAGCUAUUCAUCUUGAGUUAUUUGACUUGAGCUCGAAUAACUUGUCCGGACCAUUGCCUCUUAUAUCCAUCUAUAUGAAUGCACUUGAUCUUUCUGACAAUGCUUUUUCAGGAUCCAUUUUCCAUUUUGUGUGUUAUAGGAUGAAUGAGACAAAGGGAAUGAAAAUACUUAACCUUAGGAACAAUUUGUUAUUUGGAGAAUUACCUGAUUGUUGGAUGAAUUGGAAAUACUUGUUGGUCUUGAAUUUAGGUCGCAAUAGUUUUCAUGGUAACCUUCCAAACUCAAUGGGAACGUUAAGUUCCCUUCAAUCGCUGCACCUUCGCAGAAAUAGUCUCUCUGGGGAAAUUCCUGCAUCAUUGAAAAACUGCACAGAGUUGAUUGCCCUUGAUAUUGGUGAAAAUAAGUUUUUCGGAAAUGUUUUGAUGGGGAUUGGAGAAAGAUUUACCAAAAUGAUGAUUCUCAACCUCCGUUCAAAUAAGUUUCAUGGUUUCUUACCAACAGAGCUUUGCCUUCUAACUUCUAUACAAAUCUUAGAUUUGGCUGAUAACAAUUUCUUUGGAAGUAUACCAAGAUGUAUCAAUAACUUCACAGCCAUGGUCACAAUGAGCUAUUCUGGAGGCAACUGCAUUCAAUAUUUAUCUAGUUCUCCUUAUCCAGGAUCCUAUCGUGGUUUUGCAAUAAAUUAUCAUGAAGAUGCAUUGCUUGUGAUGAAAGGGAAAGCAGUUCAAUAUGACACAACUCUUAAUUUGGUAAGAAUCAUAGACCUUUCCCAAAACAAUUUCUCCGGGGAGAUUCCAAUGGAAGUGACAAAUCUUGUUGCGUUGCAAUCAUUGAACUUGUCAUAUAAUUAUCUUAGUGGAAGAAUUCUUGAAAAUAUUGGUGCUAUGAAAUCAGUGGAGAGCAUUGAUUUCUCCAAAAAUCAACUUUCUGGUGAAAUCCCAUCAAGUAUUUCAAAGUUAACAUCUUUGAGUCACUUGAAUUUAUCCAACAAUAAUUUGUUUGGAAAUAUUCCUUCAAGUACUCAAAUACUAGGCUUUGAUGCAUCUUGUUUUACUGGCAAUGAACUUUGUGGUGCUCCACUUCCUAAUAAUUAUGUAGUGAUUGUUCCAACACCUGAUGAUCAAAAUAGUGGAGACAACGACGGUAAUGAAGAUGAAGUUGAUUGGUUCUAUGUAAGCAUGGCACCUGGAUUUGCAGUGGGAUUUUGGUGUGUAAUAGGACCCCUAGUCGUCAACAGGAGAUGGAGGUACAUGUAUUGUCAGUUCUUGAAUCGCCUUCAAGAGAAACUCGGUAAUCUUGUAAGGAUGUGUUACUAG